AUGGAUCCGAGAUUCACUCAGAAAUCAGUGAAGUUUGGUGUGGUAUUGUCCGCUGCACGAGUGGUCCUGCUCGUUCUGCUCGGUCGUCCAGCGCCUGGUUUCCCCGGCGUCCUACCUGUUGUUCUGCUGGGUCGUCCGCCGCCUGGCAUCCAUUCGGUCGUCCUCUGCCGGCGCCUGGCUCGCAGCUCCGAGCACAAACGCCAGCGGGCCUUGAAAUUGGGGCAUGGAAAGCAGGGCGAGGGUCUCGGUGACACUUUUCAAGACACCAACGAAAUUGUGGCUAUUAAGAAAUUCAAAGACAGUGAAGAAAAUGAAGAAGUCAAAGAGACAACACUGCGAGAGCUUAAGAUGCUGCGCACGCUCAAGCAGGAGAACAUCGUGGAGCUCAAAGAAGCGUUCCGGCGGAGAGGGAAGCUCUAUCUCGUCUUUGAGUACGUGGAGAAGAACAUGCUGGAGCUGCUGGAGGAGCUGCCCAAUGGCGUACCCACGGAGAAGGCGCGGAGCUACAUCUAUCAGUUGAUCAAGGCUAUUCAUUGGUGCCAUAAGCAUGACAUUGUUCAUCGAGACAUCAAGCCGGAAAACCUUCUCAUCAGCUCUGAUGACGUCCUGAAGUUGUGCGAUUUCGGAUUCGCGCGAAAUCUCUCUGAGGGGACGGACGCCAACUACACCGAGUAUGUGGCCACGAGGUGGUACCGCUCGCCGGAGCUCCUUCUUGGGGCGCCGUACGGCAAGGCGGUGGACAUGUGGUCGGUGGGUUGCAUCCUGGGCGAGCUGAGCGACGGGCAGCCCCUCUUCCCGGGCGAGAGCGAAAUCGACCAGCUCUUCACCAUCCAAAAAGUUCUUGGGCCUCUCCCUCCCGAGCAGAUGAAGCUCUUCUAUAGCAACCCUCGCUUCCACGGACUACGGUUCCCUACUGUAAAUCACCCGCAAACACUGGAGCGCAGAUACCUGGGAAUCAUCGGCGGGGCCUUGCUGGACCUGCUGAAGAGCCUUCUCUUGCUCAACCCCGGUGAGCGUUUCCUGACGGAGCAGAGCCUCAACCACCACACAUUUCAGACUCUUCGGCUGGUGGAGCGGCCCGGACCUGCCACGCCUACGCCAGUGCGCUCCUCCAAGAGGAAGCCUCACCAUGGAGACACCACCCCCAGCAGGAGUCACGGCCUAAAGAGCUCAGGCAGCCAUCGCUCCAGCACGCGUGACUGCUCCAGCUUGCCACGCCACGAGGACCUCCACAGCAACAGCGGCGAGGGCGGCGGUUUCCUCAACGGCAACCUGCCGACGCCCAUCAACCUGAGCCCCACGCUGCAUCCCAAGAACUACGGUCCGCAGAUGUUCAACCACUCGGCGUCCUGCGGCGUGGAACUUCCCCACCUGCUCAGCCCCGCCGAGGCCAACAAGGGCGACUUCGACGUCAGUCCCAGCCCUAAAGGCUCCGACGGGCCGGGGGCUAAGUACCUCAAGUCCAACUUCCGCUCGCAGCAGCACCGCCACUCCUUCGUGGAGGGUAAGACCAGCACCCUCCAGUCGGGGGAUAAGCAUGGCCGCCACGGCUACAUGGAGGCCCCCGCGCCCAAGUUUUCUUAUCUGAACCUGUCCAAGAGCUACGGGACUCUCAGCGACGCAAAGUCGGUGGGCAACCUGAACGACGUGCACCUGUAUGCCGACGAGCCCACCGCCCGCUACUUCCCAUCCAGCUGCCUGGACCUGACGGCACCCGGGAGUCCGGCGGUGCGGCGCUCUGACCGCCGAGGGAGCACGCGCGCCGAACGCGAGAGCAACACUCUGGACUCUUCCUACCGACGAUCGUCCGCCCGCCGCAAGGACUCGCCGGACGGCCCGGACCCGAACGAGGGCGGAGGCGGGGACCGUAGCCACGCGCACUCCUUGUCGGCCCCACGUGAGUCUUACGCUCAGGGGUACAGCAGUCCCUUCUCGUCACAGCAGAGGCCGCACCGACACUCCAUGUACGUGCGGCGGGACCAUCAGAGGACUCAUGGGGGCGAUGAGGGGCUACUAGUAGGACAGGGGUUGCCUACCCGUGCCAGCAGCCUGCAGCUGUUGUCUCCUCAGCUGCAGCACCGGACGCUGCCUCGCCACUCGGCCUCCAGAGAGGAGGACAUGAGCCGGAGCGAUCAAACCCCCACUGAGGCGACACCCCACAGCAGAGCCCCGAUCAGGGAAUCCACCAGGGACAACUUUCACAUGCAGAGGCAAAAAAGCGAGGUGGGGUUGUAUCACGAACCUCAGGCUGACGACGGCGGCGCCUCCUCCAAAGAGAACCGCAACAUCUACAGCGAGUCCAUGCCCCGAAAGGUCGGAAGCUUCUACAGAGUCCCUUCUCCUCGGCCAGACAACUCCUUCCACGACGGCCGCUCUCAAGGUCGAAGCUCGGGCAUGACGGGCGACGCCAACCACUCCAAACGCCAGCCUGCCUUCGAUCCCUGGACGGGCCCGGACACGGUGGUGCUGAACACGGCUGAGCCGUCCAAGGAGAAAGAGAAGCAGGGGUUCUUCAGAGCAAUAAAGAAGAAGAAGAAAAAGCCUCAAAUGGUUCCCAGCGAAGAGGCGGUCCUCCAGAAAUCCUCACGCUCCCACCAGAGCGGUCGCCACCGCAGCCGCGACAAAAGCCGAGAACGCGACCGCGACAAAGAGUGGGCCGACAAGUUGGCCGACUCGCACUCGCCGAGCCAACCUCUGAAGUCUCUUCGCAAACUCCUUCACCUCUCAUCAUCCACGUCCAAUCAGACGGCGGCAUCCGACAUGCGCUACCCACCCGGCCCCGCCCCCCAAGGGGCCUUCUCGGAAGGGCGCGGCCACCCGGGCGUCAACACGCCGCAGAUGAAGAGUCGACAGUCUGCUUACCCGCCGCCGCUGGAGCCCGGGUGGCACUCCGGCAACCCGUAUCCGGAGCAGAUGGCCGUCAAAGGGGGGCAGAACGGGCACGGCUUCGGGCGCCCCUCUCGGUCCCGCAUGGCCAAUCUCAACGACCUUAAAGAGACGGCGCUGUGA